AGAAGAAAUUUUUUGAUGAACAAAGCAGAGCAAGAAGAACUACUGUACGAUAAUCAAAAAAUAAUACGAUGAUUCGGAUCACAAAAUUUCUAGUGUUCAGCAUUUUUGCUGUGUACUUAAUUGCGGCAACACCAAGUAAUUCACGGGCUGUGAAUAACGGAUGGGGUGAUGAUAAUUACGACAUACCUAUAUCAAGUGAAAAUGGAAAUGACAAUGGAGGAAACAGUGGAACUAGUGCAAUAACCGGAUCACAAUCAUACAGCUACUCUGGAUCAGUAGGAUCUAGCAAUACUGGUACAGGAUCAGGAAGUGGAUCAGCCAGUAGUUCUUCAGCAGGUGCAAGUUCAGGAUCCUCUGGUCAAAGUGGAUCAGCCAGUAGCGCUGCAGCAGCUGCAGCAGCAGCAAGUUCAGGAUCAUCAAGUGAUGGUUUAACAGGUCAAAGUGGAUCAGCCAGUAGCGCUGCAGCAGCUGCAGCAGCUGCAAGUUCAGGGUCAUCUGGUGGUGGCUCGUCUAGUCAAAGUGGAUCAUCCAGUAACGCUGGAUCCUCUACGAGUACAGGACCAGCUGGUACUGUUGUAUCCAGUAACAGUGGAUCAUCUAGUAAUUCUGGAUCAUUGACAAGUACAGGACCAUCUGGUACUGUUUCAUCCAGUAACAGUGGAUCAUCAAGUAACGCUGGAUCAUCUACAAAAACAGGACCAGCUGGUACUGUUGUAUCCAGUAACAGUGGAUCAUCAAGUAACGCUGGAUCUGCUACAAAAACAGGACCAGCUGGUACUGUUGUAGCCAGUAACAGUGGAUCAUCAAGUAACGCUGGAUCAGUUACAAAAACAGGUUCAUCUGGUACUGUUUCAUCCAGUAACAGUGGAUCAUCAAGUAACGCUGGAUCUGCUACAAAAACAGGACCAUCCGGUACUGUAUCAUCCAGUAACAGUGGCUCAUCAAGUAACGCUGGAUCAUCUACAAGAACAGGACCAGCUGGUACUGUUGUAUCCAGUAACAGUGGAUCAUCAAGUAACGCUGGAUCUGCUACAAAAACAGGUUUAUCUGGUACUGUUUCAUCCAGUAACAGUGGAUCAUCAAGUAACGCUGGAUCAUCUACAAAAACAGGACCAGCUGGUACUGUUGUAUCUAGUAACAGUGGAUCAUCAAGUAACGCUGGAUCAGUUACAAAAACAGGUCCAUCUGGAACAGUUUCAUCCAGUAACAGUGGAUCAUCAAGUAACGCUGGAUCAUCUACAAGAACAGGACCAGCCGGUACUGUUGUAUCCAGUAACAGUGGAUCAUCAAGUAACGCUGGAUCCAUAACAAAAGCAGGACCAUCCGGUACUGUAUCAUCUAGUAACAGUGGCUCAUCAAGUAACGCUGGAUCAUCUACAAGAACAGGACCAGCUGGUACUGUUGUAUCCAGUAACAGUGGAUCAACAAGUAACGCUGGAUCUGCUACAAAAACAGGACCAGCUGGUACUGUUGUAGCCAGUAACAGUGGAUCAUCAAGUAACGCUGGAUCAGUUACAAGAACAGGACCAGCUGGUACUGUUGUAUCCAGUAACAGUGGAUCAUCAAGUAACGCUGGAUCAGUUACAAAAACAGGUCCAUCUGGAACAGUUUCAUCCAGUAACAGUGGAUCAUCAAGUAACGCUGGAUCAUCUACAAGAACAGGACCAGCCGGUACUGUUGUAUCCAGUAACAGUGGAUCAUCAAGUAACGCUGGAUCAGUUACAAAAACAGGUCCAUCUGGUACUGUUGUAUCCAGUAACAGUGGAUCAUCAAGUAACGCUGGAUCUGCUACGAAAACAGGACCAGCUGGUACUGUUGUAUCCAGUAACAGUGGAUCAUCAAGUAACGCUGGAUCUGCUACAAAAACAGGACCAGCUGGUACUGUUGUAGCCAGUAACAGUGGAUCAUCAAGUAACGCUGGAUCAGUUACAAAAACAGGUCCAUCUGGUACUGUUGUAGCCAGUAACAGUGGAUCAUCAAGUAACGCUGGAUCAGUUACAAAAACAGGUCCAUCUGGUACUGUUGUAUCCAGUAACAGUGGAUCAUCAAGUAACGCUGGAUCUGCUACAAAAACAGGUCCAUCUGGUACUGUUUCAUCCAGUAACAGUGGAUCAUCAAGUAACGCUGGAUCAGUUACAAAAACAGGUCCAUCUGGUACUGUUGUAUCCAGUAACAGUGGAUCAUCAAGUAACGCUGGAUCAGUUACAAAAACAGGACCAGCUGGUACUGUUUCAUCCAGUAACAGUGGAUCAUCAAGUAACGCUGGAUCAGUUACAAAAACAGGUCCAUCUGGUACUGUUUCAUCCAGUAACAGUGGAUCAUCAAGUAACGCUGGAUCAUCUACAAAAACAGGACCAUCCGGUACUGUAUCAUCCAGUAACAGUGGAUCAUCAAGUAACGCUGGAUCAGUUACAAAAACAGGUCCAUCUGGUACUGUUGUAUCCAGUAACAGUGGAUCAUCAAGUAACGCUGGAUCUGCUACAAAAACAGGACCAGCUGGUACUGUUGUAGCCAGUAACAGUGGAUCAUCAAGUAACGCUGGAUCAUCUACAAAAACAGGACCAGCUGGUACUGUUGUAGCCAGUAACAGUGGAUCAUCAAGUAACGCUGGAUCAGUUACAAAAACAGGUCCAUCUGGUACUGUUGUAUCCAGUAACAGUGGAUCAUCAAGUAACGCUGGAUCUGCUACAAAAACAGGACCAGCUGGUACUGUUUCAUCCAGUAACAGUGGAUCAUCAAGUAACGCUGGAUCAGUUACAAAAACAGGUCCAUCUGGUACUGUUGUAUCCAGUAACAGUGGAUCAUCAAGUAACGCUGGAUCUGCUACAAAAACAGGACCAUCUGGUACCGUUUCAUCCAGUAACAGUGGCUCAUCAAGUAACGCUGGAUCAUCUACAAAAACAGGACCAGCUGGUACUGUUGUAUCCAGUAACAGUGGAUCAUCAAGUAACGCUGGAUCAUCUACAAAAACAGGACCAGCUGGUACUGUUGUAUCCAGUAACAGUGGAUCAUCAAGUAACGCUGGAUCAGUUACAAAAACAGGUCCAUCUGGUACUGUUUCAUCCAGUAACAGUGGAUCAUCAAGUAACGCUGGAUCUGCUACAAAAACAGGACCAUCUGGUACUGUUUCAUCCAGUAACAGUGGAUCAUCAAGUAACGCUGGAUCAUCUACAAAAACAGGACCAGCUGGUACUGUUGUAUCCAGUAACAGUGGAUCAUCAAGUAACGCUGGAUCUGCUACAAAAACAGGACCAGCUGGUACUGUUGUAUCCAGUAACAGUGGAUCAUCAAGUAACGCUGGAUCAGUUACAAAAACAGGUCCAUCUGGUACUGUUUCAUCCAGUAACAGUGGAUCAUCAAGUAACGCUGGAUCAGUUACAAAAACAGGUCCAUCUGGUACUGUUUCAUCCAGUAACAGUGGAUCAUCAAGUAACGCUGGAUCAUCUACAAAAACAGGACCAGCUGGUACUGUUGUAUCCAGUAACAGUGGAUCAUCAAGUAACGCUGGAUCCAUAACAAAAGCAGGACCAUCCGGUACUGUAUCAUCCAGUAACAGUGGCUCAUCAAGUAACGCUGGAUCAUCUACAAGAACAGGACCAGCUGGUACUGUUGUAUCCAGUAACAGUGGAUCAUCAAGUAACGCUGGAUCUGCUACAAAAACAGGACCAGCUGGUACUGUUGUAGCCAGUAACAGUGGAUCAUCAAGUAACGCUGGAUCAGUUACAAGAACAGGACCAGCUGGUACUGUUGUAUCCAGUAACAGUGGAUCAUCAAGUAACGCUGGAUCAGUUACAAAAACAGGUCCAUCUGGAACAGUUUCAUCCAGUAACAGUGGAUCAUCAAGUAACGCUGGAUCAUCUACAAGAACAGGACCAGCCGGUACUGUUGUAUCCAGUAACAGUGGAUCAUCAAGUAACGCUGGAUCAGUUACAAAAACAGGUCCAUCUGGUACUGUUGUAUCCAGUAACAGUGGAUCAUCAAGUAACGCUGGAUCUGCUACAAAAACAGGACCAGCUGGUACUGUUGUAUCCAGUAACAGUGGAUCAUCAAGUAACGCUGGAUCUGCUACAAAAACAGGACCAGCUGGUACUGUUGUAGCCAGUAACAGUGGAUCAUCAAGUAACGCUGGAUCAGUUACAAAAACAGGUCCAUCUGGUACUGUUGUAUCCAGUAACAGUGGAUCAUCAAGUAACGCUGGAUCAGUUACAAAAACAGGUCCAUCUGGUACUGUUGUAUCCAGUAACAGUGGAUCAUCAAGUAACGCUGGAUCUGCUACAAAAACAGGUCCAUCUGGUACUGUUUCAUCCAGUAACAGUGGAUCAUCAAGUAACGCUGGAUCAGUUACAAAAACAGGUCCAUCUGGUACUGUUUCAUCCAGUAACAGUGGAUCAUCAAGUAACGCUGGAUCAGUUACAAAAACAGGUCCAUCUGGUACUGUUUCAUCCAGUAACAGUGGAUCAUCAAGUAACGCUGGAUCAUCUACAAAAACAGGACCAGCUGGUACUGUUGUAUCCAGUAACAGUGGAUCAUCAAGUAACGCUGGAUCAGUUACAAAAACAGGUCCAUCUGGUACUGUUUCAUCCAGUAACAGUGGAUCAUCAAGUAACGCUGGAUCAGUUACAAAAACAGGUCCAUCUGGUACUGUUUCAUCCAGUAACAGUGGAUCAUCAAGUAACGCUGGAUCAUCUACAAAAACAGGACCAGCUGGUACUGUUGUAUCCAGUAACAGUGGAUCAUCAAGUAACGCUGGAUCAGUUACAAAAACAGGUCCAUCUGGUACUGUUUCAUCCAGUAACAGUGGAUCAUCAAGUAACGCUGGAUCAUCUACAAGAACAGGACCAGCCGGUACUGUUUCAUCCAGUAACAGUGGAUCAUCAAGUAACGCUGGAUCAGUUACAAAAACAGGUCCAUCUGGUACUGUUUCAUCCAGUAACAGUGGCUCAUCAAGUAACGCUGGAUCAUCUACAAAAACAGGACCAGCUGGUACUGUUGUAUCCAGUAACAGUGGAUCAUCAAGUAACGCUGGAUCAGUUACAAAAACAGGUCCAUCUGGUACUGUUUCAUCCAGUAACAGUGGAUCAUCAAGUAACGCUGGAUCAGUUACAAAAACAGGUCCAUCUGGUACUGUUUCAUCCAGUAACAGUGGAUCAUCAAGUAACGCUGGAUCAGUUACAAAAACAGGUCCAUCUGGUACUGUUUCAUCCAGUAACAGUGGAUCAUCAAGUAACGCUGGAUCAUCUACAAGAACAGGACCAGCUGGUACUGUUGUAUCCAGUAACAGUGGAUCAUCAAGUAACGCUGGAUCAGUUACAAAAACAGGUCCAUCUGGUACUGUUUCAUCCAGUAACAGUGGAUCAUCAAGUAACGCUGGAUCAUCUACAAAAACAGGACCAUCUGGUACUGUAUCAUCCAGUAACAGUGGAUCAUCAAGUAACGCUGGAUCAGUUACAAAAACAGGACCAUCCGGUACUGUAUCAUCCAGUAACAGUGGAUCAUCAAGUAACGCUGGAUCAUCUACAAGAACAGGACCAGCUGGUACUGUUGUAUCCAGUAACAGUGGAUCAUCAAGUAACGCUGGAUCAUCUACGAAUUCCGGAACAACUUCUGGCAGCGUAUUAUCUAGCACUACUGCAUCUCCUACAAAACCAACUAAAAUUUCUGGCAGCGUAUCAUCUAGUACCACUGCAUCCCCCACAAAACCAACUAAAAAUCCCGGCAACGUAUCAUCUAGUACUAUUGCAUCCCCUACAAAACCAACAAAAGCUGUCGUCAAUCCUCACAACAGAGGUCAUUCAGGUCAUGAGCAUCAUCACCACAGAGGUCUGCAUUGGGGUCAUAAACUUAGAGAACACAUACGCCAUGAACGAAUCAUUCCACAUCACGAGAUAAGAAAGCAUUCUCAACGUGAUUGUUAAGACAACUUAGACAUUAUUUUAUUUUGUCUUCUACAACAGAUGUUCAAUCUAAGUCAUCCUAUUUUUAAUGCUACUAAUUUAUGUAAAUAUAUUGAAUCAUACUUUUUUUUUUUUUUUUUAUCUUCCUAUAUUUUUGCAGUCCUAACAGUGAUUAUUUUCGUACUGAAUCAUAUUAUUAUAAUUUAGUUUUAUCUUAAGUUUUCCUGUAAACGUAUAAAAGCAUUUCACAAUAAAUAAAUU